UCUCUCUGCGCACCUUUAAUGCGUCGUGAUCUCUCUCCUCCAAUCCCGGCAAAGUACACCAUCGUCUCCUGUCUUGAUGUUCUCCCUCCGUCUCCCUCCCCCAGCCCUCUCUCCUCUCCUCCCCUCUCCUAUCAUAUGCUUCUCGUCUCCUCCCUUCUUCUCCUUCCUCCGGCCAUCGUCCUCCCUGCAACCCACUAGAUUGGUGGGCAAACCCAACCAGAACUCCAUAAAAUAGUGUCGAUCUCCACAAGCACACCUCUCUGUAUUUCUCUUCCUAAAAAAGUUCUGCCCAGCCACAGUGCUUUCCCUAAUCCCCAGCACCUAGCCGUGCUUUCUUGACCUCACUCUCUGCCUCUCGCUCGAACGCCCGCCGCCAACGGCGUUGCCGUGCCCGGUGCCUCCACCGCCCCACAACAUCACACCGAAUCAGCUCAUCAGCCCCACAAUAACUGUUCGUAGGUCACGGAAUCCAUUACUACCCAUACUCCUCCAGCUCUGAACCAAAAAAAGAUCAUCUUGUUUAUAUAUACCAUGGUCUAAUCGACGAUGGACGUCACCGGAGACGCCGGCGGAGGUCGCCGCCCCAACUUCCCCUUGCAGCUGCUGGAGAAAAAGGAGGAGCAGGCUUGCUCCACAUCCCCGGCGGCAGGUGUGGGCGCCGGCGCCGCGGGUAAUGGUCGGUCGGCGGGGCCGGGAGAGUUGCAGGUGAGGAAGGCGGCGCCACCGAAGCGGACCUGCACCAAGGACCGGCACACGAAGGUGGACGGGCGCGGGCGGCGCAUCCGGAUGCCGGCGAUUUGCGCUGCGCGGGUGUUCCAGCUGACGAGGGAGCUGGGGCACAAGACGGACGGCGAGACCAUCGAGUGGCUGCUGCAGCAGGCGGAGCCGGCGGUGAUCGCGGCCACGGGCACCGGCACCGUCCCGGCCAACUUCACCUCUCUCAACAUCUCCCUCCGCUCCUCGGGCUCGUCCUUCUCCAUCCCGGCACAUCUCCGCGCCGCCAGCCUGCCCGGCCCACGAUUCGGCGGCACGCGGGGCGACCCGUGGGACCGCGUCGUGGGCCUCGGGUUCGGUGGCGCCGAGGGUCCGCCAUCCGCUACCUCCUCGGCGUCGUCCCCGCUGCUGCUGAGCUUCCACUCCGGCAGCGUCGGCCUCGACGUGUCACCGUCGUCGACAUCUGCCGCAGCCAGCUCCGACCUGUCCAGGAAGCGGCGGUGGGAGCAAGAAAUGCUGCAGCAGCAGCAACAGUACCAGCAGCAGAUGGCCGGGUACACGCAGAUCCAAAUGCCGGGCACCGUGUGGAUGGUGCCGAGCAGCAACGCGCAGGCCGCCGCAGCGGCGGCGAGCGGAGGCGGCGGCAGCGAGUCAAUCUGGACGUUCCCGCAGGCAGCAAGCGGCGGCGGCGCGGCGACCUUGCACCGCGGCGUGCCGAGCGGGCUACAUUUCAUGAACUUCCCCGCGCCGAUGGCGCUGCUCCCCGGCGGGCAGCAGCUGGGGCUCGGCCAAGCGGCGGGCGCCAGCGACAAUGGCGGCGGCGGCGGUGGCGGAGGGGAGGGCCACAUGGGGAUCCUCGCCGCGCUCAACGCGUACCGCGCGCAGGCUGCCUCGGACGCUGCGGCGGCGGCGCAGAACGGAGCGGAAGGCGGCUCCAGCCAGCACCAACUCCAGCACGGCGGCGACGAGCGGCAGGAGAGCAUGAGCCCCAGCGACGACUCGUAGGUCUCCACGGGCGUGCGCUGCUGGUCCAAGGCGUCGUCGUCAGUCGUCUCUCCAGUUUUUAAUCUGUUCUCCUUGACUUCUUGUUUGCUGUUUUCUGGCUUGCAUUGUUCUGGCUCUCUCUGGCUCAUUCAAAUAUAUUAUCGCAAGGAUCAUACAGUAGUUGCAUUUCAUGGCA